GAUGUAAUUUGUCGCUGAGGGCAGUGAUUAUGUUCAGAGUCUCAACUCUCCGACUCAUACUCAUACUCCGACACCAGUCCAGUGAGAACAUGGCAACUAGGUGGGGGAUCUGCGGUGCAGGUAAAAUCAGCCACGAUUUCACUGUGGCCUUGAAAACACUUCCUCCGGCAGACCAUGAGGUUGUGGCAGUGGCAGCACGCGACCUCCAGCGUGCCCAAGAGUUUGCUCAGAGGCAUGGCAUUCCUCGAGCCUACGAUAGCUACGAGAAACUGGCCAAGGAUGCAGAAAUAGAUGUGAUUUAUCUUGGACUGAUUCACCCUCACCACCUCAAGGUGGGCCUCAUAUUCCUAAGAUCCAAGAAGAAUGUGUUGUGCGAGAAACCCCUCGCCAUGAACUCCAGAGAGGUGCAGCAGAUUAUAGCGGCAGCAAAGGAGAACGAUGUGUUUCUAAUGGAGGCAGUGUGGACGCGUUUCUUCCCAGCGUCUAUCAAGAUCAGCAAUCUCCUGGCCCAGGAGGCUAUAGGGGAGGUCAAGCUGGUGGACGUAAGCUUUGGAGCUCCUCUGCAACACAUUCCUCGGGCCGUAGAGAAGGAGCUGGGGGGUGGAGCCCUGCUGGAUAUUGGGGUCUAUUGCUUGCAGUUCGUGUGCAUGGUUUUCAACGGAGAGAAGCCUGAGUCCAUUAAUGCCACUGGAGUCUGUCUGAAUACAGGUGUUGACGAAGCAAUGGCUGUAGUCUUGAAGUUUUCAAGGAACAGAAUGGCUGUAUGCACAUGCUCCAUUUCUGUCCAGCUGUCCAAUGAGGCCACCAUCUUUGGCACAAAAGGGACCAUCAAGAUCCCAGAACACCAGUGGUGCCCCACAACAUUAGUCGUGAACGGUGAGAAGACUCAGUACCCACUGCCAGAGCCAUCUAUGCCACUGAACUUCCUCAACAGUACUGGGAUGCGCUAUGAGGCUGAGGAGGUCCGUCAGUGUCUACUGAAAGGUCUUAAGCAGAGCCCUCGCAUGACACUGGCUGACUCUGCUCUCCUGACCGAAAUCAUGGAUGAAGCCAGGAGCCAGGUUGGAGUUGUGUAUAUCCAAGAUGGUGUCUGAGCCUGGAGCAAUAAACCAGCCCUGUCCUGUACAACUGAUGCCCAUUUAAGCAGUGCAUUCCAUUUAACAUUAAAGUGAAAUCACUUACAUUCAA